UCGAAAGGCAGCCAGUCUCGAUUGUAGAGGGAAGUCUGGGCUGGCUGAUGGGCUCCAGCUGGUACGAGGGUUGGUGGAUGAACACAUGAUAACAAUCCAGUGGGCAGGAGCCUGGUUCAAACCCGCCAUUUUCCUGCAACUCCUGCUCCCUUUCAGCAGAGGGAAAGAAAGGAAGAGGAUUUGAACCCUGGGUGGCGGCAGCUGCCCAAACGCUGCCUUGCAUGUUGUUUUAAAAAAGCCUGAGGCAGGCGUCUCUUCUCGUUCCCCCUUCCGGGGUUUUCAGUUUACUUUUUGUUGGUCGGGGGGUGGGAGGGUUAGGGAGGGUGGUGUUUGUUUUUCUUCAUGGCCGGAUUGAUCAGUGAGAGAGAUUUAAAGCCCUUCCUCUGUGUGUGUGUGAGAGAGAGAAAGAGAGAGAGAGAGAGAGAGAGAGUGAGUGUGUGUGUGUGUGUGAGUGAGUGAGUGACAGAGAGAGAGAGAGAGAGAGGAGGGAGGGGAAAGACAGACAGAAAGAAAAAAGGGAUAGGGAAUCUGCUGUCGGGGUACUGCUGACGAGAAGAUGUCGGGCCAGAGUAUCACGGACCGUAUCGCCGCCGCUCAGCACAGUGUCACCGGCUCUGCUGUUUCCAAAACCGUCUGCAAAGCCACAACACACGAGAUCAUGGGCCCAAAGAAGAAACAUCUGGACUAUCUGAUUCAGUGUACAAAUGAAAUGAAUGUAAACAUACCUCAGCUGGCGGAUAGCCUUUUUGAAAGAACUACUAAUAGCAGCUGGGUGGUGGUAUUCAAGUCUCUCAUCACAACCCAUCAAAUGAUGGUUUAUGGAAAUGAGCGUUUUAUCCAGUACCUAGCUUCAAGAAACACCUUGUUCAACUUGAACAAUUUUUUAGAUAAAAGUGGAUUGCAAGGUUAUGAUAUGUCUACAUUCAUCCGGCGCUACAGUAGAUACCUGAACGAAAAGGCAGUUUCGUACAGGCAGGUUGCUUUUGACUUCACGAAGGUGAAACGAGGGGCUGAUGGUGUGAUGAGAACAAUGAACACAGAGAAAUUACUGAAAACUAUGCCCCUUAUACAGAAUCAGAUGGAUGCCUUGCUGGACUUCAAUGUCGGUGCCAAUGAGCUAACAAAUGGUGUGAUCAAUGCAGCUUUCAUGCUACUCUUCAAAGAUGCCAUUAGACUUUUUGCAGCAUACAACGAAGGGAUCAUUAACCUCUUGGAGAAAUACUUCGAUAUGAAGAAAAACCAGUGCAAGGAGGCUCUUGAUAUAUACAAGAAGUUCCUUACUAGAAUGACAAGGAUCUCCGAAUUCCUUAAGGUUGCCGAACAAGUUGGAAUUGACAGGGGGGACAUACCAGAUCUUUCUCAGGCACCAAGUAGCCUUCUUGAUGCAUUAGAACAGCAUCUAGCUUCAUUGGAAGGAAAGAAAGUUAAAGAUUCUUCAACAGCUGCUAGCAGGGCUAGCACCCUUUCAAAUGCAGUCUCAUCACUUUCUAAUACUGGCAUGUCACUUAGCAGAGUAGAUGAAAGGGAAAAACAAGCCGCUUUGGAGGAAGAGCAGGCCCGAUUGAAAGCACUGAAGGUGGAACAGCGUUUGAGAGAGCUUGCAAAGACAUCCUAUCCUUCUUCUGGAACUACAGCAGCAUCACCCAGUUCUACUUCAGGUGGAAGUAUCAACACAACAGCAGCCAUAGACCUCUUCUCUACCCCUAGCUCUUCCAAUAGUACGUCUAAACUGCCAAACGACUUGCUUGAUCUUCAGCCAACAUUUCAACCGUCCAUGCAUUCUGUUUCAGCAGUACCACUGGCAGCUAAUACAUGGGGAGAUCCCUUCUCCACUUCUGAUGCUGCUGAUGAAGCCAUUCCAAGCUUAAAUCCUUUUCUCACGAAAGCUGAUGAAGUUCUAAAUACCACUGUCGCCUUCUCAGAUGGUGUGAUCUUUACUUCUAGGACACAUAGCCAUGAAAUGUUUGAUUCCUUCUGUGGUCCUCCAGCCUAUUCUAAUACUUCCCAGUUUAGAACAGAGUCCCCUGCUGUAGCUGGUCUAUUUGCAGGGUUCACUCCUUCACCAGCUACUCAGACACUAUCUUCAUCAAGCCUUAAUGUUGACUUUGAGUCUGUAUUUGGAACUAAAUCAACUUCCACAGCCAAUAGCAUCAUGGAUUCUGAUGACUUUGAUGGAUUAGGUGGACUCCUGAAACCAACUGUAGCUUUGCAGAGUCAGACCCAGCCAUCUUCAAAGCCACAUCCAAACAAGCUAGUAGGAGAGGAUUUGGAUUCAUCAUUGGCUAAUCUUGUUGGCAACUUGGGAAUUGGAAAUGGAUCUGCUAAAAAAAGUGAUCUUCAUUGGAACCAGCCUGGGGAAAAGAAACUAACUGGAGGAACCAACUGGCAGCCCAAGGUUGCUCCUACUACAACCUGGAAUCCUGCUACACUGAAUGGCAUGCAUUUCCCUCAAUACGCUCCUCCCAUCAUGGCUUACCCAGCCACAACGCCAACAGCAGUGAUGGGAUAUGGCAUGGCACCUCCAAUGGGAGCUAUGCCUUUGAUGACACAACCAACGAUGAUGUACACUCAGCCAGUCAUGAGACCAUCUAACCCCUUCAGCUCUGUACCCGGUGCCCAGUUAUCUACAGCCUCGAGUCCUUCUAGUCAAAGUCCUCCUAGAGCUCCUGGAAAGGAUCCAUUUGCAGAGCUCUCUCUCAAGGACUUCUUGUAAAACAGACAAGAUGCAAUUUAUGUAGUGGUAUCAAAUGGAUAGAUUCUGAGAAGAUGAGUGCUAAGCAGCAAAUUUUUAUUCUUCAUGCAAAAUAUUCGCUGUUGUGAAACUAUCUUCCAUAAGGAUGACCUCAGUAAGGAAGUAAAACAAGGCAGAAUGAUCAAGAUGGGACAUUUUCUAGAAAGCAAAUGUUGAUGGACAACUUCAGCAGCAGAGGGAAAGGCUUUUGUUGGAGUGAUGACUGAUUUAAUCAGGAUUUUAACUGGUGCAACCAAUUAUGCUCCACAGUACAACAUUUUGUUCCAUUGUUGAGUCAAACCUCUUAAUUUAGAAAUGGUGGCUUGAAGAACACGUAGGAUCUACAACUAUAUGAAACAACUGCUGGAAUGUAAAUUAUCAGGAAUUGGUGAGGUAUUCUUUGAAAAGCAGCAGUAAAUUAUGUAAACUUUUGUUCAUUUUUUUCACAAUCAUGCUAAAAUUAUUAAUUCAUAAUUUUACACUUUACUCAAGUUUUGCAGUAGACAUUCCUUAUGUACUAUAUUUAUUUAUGACUGUCAGAUUAAGUAACAAAAUUGCAUCAGAUGCUUCCCGUGAGGAUUAAUAUAGAUGUGCAUGAUUCAUCAAUUGGAUGAAAACAUGAGUUUGAAUGAAAAAUACAGUUAAUUGAAAGAUGAAGCACUAAUUAUUCUACAGAUCAGUUUACUUAUUCCUAGUACAAUUAUUUGUAGCCAGAACCAAAAUCUUCAGGUUAUAUGGAAUUUAGAAUGAAUAAUGUAUUAAUCAAUGUAGUUAAUUCUGUGCCUAGGAGUUUGCGAGGGAACAGUUAUUGACAUGCAAAGCACGACAUUUGUAUUUUGGCAUUAGCAUAAAUGGGAAGGCCUUUUUUUAUUACUCCAUGCUCAGUGUAUCAUUAUUUUACAUCCAAGUUUGAUGCUGCCUUUCCUAGAAUGUAAGGAAUUGCCUUCAGUUCACAAAUAUCCUCUACCUCCAAUGGACUCCAAAUCAUUUGGAGAUCUCAGAACACUAGAAAAAUUUGUUUAAAUGUCCACACAUGGUGUCUUCACUGGUUCUGAGAAGAUUUGUUUACACAUAGUUGGAUAUGAGAGAAUAGUUUCUGUGUAGAUUUUUUUUGAAAAGUAACACAGUAAAGCACUGUUGAUCGGUGCUUCAUUGUAUAUAACAUAAAUUCUGUCCACUUUAGUGGUGUGAAGGGUAGUUUGAGCUUAAGGCAAUUCAGUACAUGAACUUAGCAAAAUUUUGCUGCAUUGUCUUUGCAGAAUAUAUUUUGUUUAAAAGAAAAAAUGUAUGUAGGAGAAAAUUGGUGGAUUUUCAAAUAAAGAGCAGCUUUCACUGAAAUUUUGUUACCAGCUAGGUCCAAGUUACAUCAUCUUGAUUACAAAAGAUCCUGUGCAUGGAUGUAACAACUCUGCAUUAUUUAAUAAAAGAAUUAAGCUGUUAUAGGUAA